AUGACCCAACCGGAUGAUGUGAUUGGCUGGUACGAUUUCAGCUGGUCUGGCGGUUCGUUUCCAGUCUGCUUCAGACCUGCAGGCAACUUCUUCUGUCCAAAAUUUCAGGCCCCCGCAAGGUGGGAGAUUGAUGGAGACACUGUGAAGAUCGACUGGAAGAAGUUUGGGAAGUACGAGUUGAAGUUUGAUGCGGCAACCAAGACCAUGGAUGGGAAUGCCGUUCCAAAGACGGAGGACGACAAGAACUGGCGCAAGGCCACCUUCAACCGGGCGUUAUCGCCUGUUGAGGUCCUCCUCCUAGGUGACGGUGCUGGCUCCGAGUGGGACUUCGAGUGGUCAGGCGGCAAGUUCCCAGUGAAGUUCAAGGGUGAUGGUUACAACCAUUUCCAGUGCGACGACUUUCCCGCGCAUGCAUCUUCAAAAGCCUUUUCUGAGAUGGAGGAUGUGUUUGGCUUGUUGUCAUCAUCAUUUUGGGAGACGCUUAUUCGGGUCCCGCUGCAUUUGGGCACAAAGCCGCAGCACACAAGCUUCUGCAUGUCUUUCGUGCCGAACAGCGAGCACUGCCAUGUCGUCAGCGGUUGCUUCAUGAGCGGGCUGAGACCCACCGCCACCGGUGUCAACCUUCACACGUUCCACAAUGCAUUUCUCCAAGUCCACCGAACAAGCUCCUCGCCUGUCAGGGAAGGACAAGGCAGCCGCCCGACUUCUUGGUUCUUUCUUGCCCGCAAACCGGUCCUGAAAGCGUGGACAGAACCAUGCCCUCAUGCAGCAGGCCGAGGCCUUAGUGGGCGAGUCACUUUUCUCCUUGGCUUCCUGCUCUGCAGAGCCCGACGGACGGGGCAGGCGCGCACGCGGUGCCUCUCGUCGGUGUCGCGGCUCGAAGAUCAGAUGGAGGCAUUCAGGGCUGCCGUGGCUCCAAAGCCGAGUGAUCGCUUGAGGCGAGCCACACUUCUAUCCAAACUCGAGAAAAUUUCAAAGAAGCUACUGGGCUCAGAUGUUCAAGUUCUUGGCUACGGCUCUUGCUUCACUGGCGUGGGAGAAAGCGAUGCCGAAAUUGACGCAACCGUCUACAUCCCGAUGACCCCAGCACGUGCAGCUGAGCUGACGACGGUUGCUGCAACCCGGUCUCGACAGAUGCGCGAGAUUGUCAAGAAAUGUGCACUGCUUGGGCUGCAGACGGCUGACAACUUUGGGGUCAGGCGUGGCACAGCCUGCAUAGAGGAGUCCGCCUCUGUUCACUUGAGUGGCAACCUUUGGCGAACCUACUCAGCUGCAAGAUGCAUCCUGAGCUGUCAGCGCCUGAUGCCACUCUACAGCUCCCAUCUAGUUCGUGCAUAUCUGGAGCUUGACCCCAGGCUCCAAAACCUGAUCUUGGCAUUGCGUCACUGGGCUCGUACCGCUGGCAUCGUCGGGAGGGAGGUCGGACUGCUAUCUUCCUACACCCUCGCCCUGAUGGCAAUCUACUCUGUCCAGAUAUGUGAUGGGCUACCAUCCCUGCACAAUCUGGCCAAACCGGAUGGUGAAGGUAUUGUCUCCGACGACGGCUUUGACACAGUGUUUGUACCGUUUCAAGAUGUGGACAAGGUGGGCUACAAGGGCCUCAGGGGCAUGUCCUCUGGAGAACUGCUCUUGAACUUCUUCGAUUUUUUCGCCGAAAAGUUCGACUGGAACCAAGAAGUCGUCUCUGUGCGCGAGGCUUCGCGACAAACGAUCGAAUCGCCAUGUUUUCAGAAUCUCUGGGGUAGAACGAAGAAAGCCGGCUUGCACGUUGAAGAUCCCAUCGAAUUGGGAAGGAACCUCAACAACACCGUGAGCCCCGACGUAGUGGAGCGUUUCCGGGCGCUUCUGAUCGACACGGCCGGCAAAGCGCGCACGAAUCCGGACUUGGCAGAGUUGAUCUGUCUGGACGGGCGGCAUUGGUCCUUGGAUGGCGACAAGCUGAAAAUCAACUGGGCAGAAUUUGGCAACUAUGAGAUGACAGUAGAUGCCUCGAAAAGCGCCAUGGAUGGUGGCCAAGUUGGGGGAGAUCCCUCAAAAGACUGGCGGAAGUUCUUGCGGGAUGGGGCAGCUGAGAGUUCCGUGUUCCUGAAGGCCGAGCUUUUGCAAGAUCUCAAUUGCAAAUAUGCCUUGCUUGUGGCGAGAGGUGCGAUGACAUGGGCGCUCCGUGUUGUUGCCCGGCUUGUCUUUCUGGGCCUCCCGAUUCAGGCAGCCUACUUCAACCUGCAUGAGGGUGAAGAAAAAUGCUUCGUCGAGACAGUGCCGCAGCAUCAGGUCUUGACUGUGAAAUACCGACAUGCUGACAAUCCGGGUGUUGA